GGUCUGAAAAAGCCAGAUAUUUUAAUAACGGUUCACGGACCGCUCAGCCAGAAAACACAUGCGAUUUUCCCUCAGCCAGACUAACUUGGCAUUCUGAAUACAGGCUCAGAGGGGAGGGGCUGGGCCUCUCCACGCAGGAACUGGAGUCAGAGGCUUCCCUUGCUGCCUGCAGGGAGAGACCAUUAAGAAUGCCUCUCAGUGCCUGGUUUCCUGAGGUAUGUGAGAGUAGACAGGCGACCUCGAGGAAUCUGAGCACAUCUCACCGGCAUUUCUGCAGGAAUCAGGAUGCAGGCCAAAUACAGCAGCACAAGGGACAUGCUCGAUGACGAUGACACCACCAUAAGCCUGUAUUCUGGAACAUCCACUGUCACCAGACGAGCAGAGCCCAGGCACUCAGAGAAUGGGACACCCUCUUCAGUUUGGCGCCCAGUGGCCCUGACCCUGCUGACCUUGUGUUUGGUGUUGCUCGUUGGUCUGGCAGCCCUGGGCCUUGUGUUUUUUCAGUUCUACCAGCUCUCCAAUACCCAGCAAGACAGCAUCACAGAAAAGGAUGAAAGGCUGGGGAACAUGUCCCGACAACUACAGUCUCUCCAGACCCAGAACAGAAAACUCACUGAAACUCUGCAGCAGGUAGCCUUAAAACUGUGUCGUGAACUUUACAACAAAAGUGGAGGACAUAGAUGCAGUCCUUGCCCAGAAAAAUGGAAGUGGCACGGGAACAAAUGUUAUCAAUUCUACAAAGAAAGUAAAAACUGGCAAAGCUGUGAAUACUUCUGCCUGGCUGACAAUGCCACCAUGCUGAAGAUAAGCACUCAGGAAGAGCUGGAUUUUGCCAUGCCCCAGAGCUACUCUGAGUUUUUCUACUCUUAUUGGACAGGGCUCUCCCGCAAUGGCAGUGGCAAAGCCUGGCUGUGGACAGAUGGGACAUCUUACUCCUUUGAACUGUUUGAGAUCAUAAUAGAUCCCACCAACCUAAGAAGCAGGGACUGCAUGACCAUCUUCAACGGAAAGGCUUACUCUAAGGACUGCAAAGAGCUGAGGAGGUGUGCCUGUGAGAGGGUGGCAGGAAGAGUGGUCCCCGAGGAGCUCCAGUAGGGGACAUGAAGCACUGGAUGAAAGGGGCCAACAGGUCAGCUUCAACCACCAGCAAAAGGAUUGACAAGGGAGGGCAACGUGAAGGAGAUUCAAAGCUUUGGGAAACAGAGAGGCAGCUGCUGGGCCUGGUAUAUGAGAAGUUCUCCUGGUUCCAGCUCAGCAUUAUCCAGGCCUGGGCUUUACUUCUUGCCCACAUUUUCCAAGCACAAAAAGUCUUACUCAUGAACGACCUAGCCCCAGGAAGCCAUAGAGAUGUCCUUUUCGAUUUACAGAAGAUUUUCAGCUUUCUCCCUUCUCAGGGUCUGUUAUUAGCCUCUGUUUCAUGUCUCUCUUAUUCUUGGAAAAGUGAGAAAUAUAAGAAAAUAGAAGGGUUGAUACAAAGAGCACAAACUGGGUGUGCUGGUAUCCACACAAGUAUUGGUCACAGCACUUGGAAGGAGGAAAAAGACAUGAGAGGUUCAAGGCCAGCCUCAGAUACAUAGUUGAAGGCCAUCCUAGGCUACAUGAUACAUCUUCUCAAGUAACAGGGAAAUAAAGGAACAAAAGAACAAGAGAGAAAAAAAGAAGAAUUAAAACAGAAAUGUGAAAAAGCAAAGUGAAAAGAGAGAACAGAAGAAAAAGACUUGGCGUCCUUUAUCCUAACAGAUAGUCCAAGAAAAGCUAGCAGAAGUCUCCACCCCUGUGCUGCUCUACACACAGUCAAUUUUUUUUUGUGUGUGUCCAGUUCACACUUGGCCUUUUCGAGGCUUUCAAAAGUGACUUCACCUGUUGCAUCCGUGUCCAGCUUUCCAGCUGAUACAGUUCACACUAUGUCAAUCACCACUCCAUCAAUUGUGUCUUUCCCCUAAAUAUGUCUCCGAGGAAAGAGACAACUCUGAUCUAAAUUAGAAUCAAUAUCCCUGUACUCCCAAAGAGACAAAGCCUAGAAAACACAAUAACAAAACAAACAAACAACAAAUAUCAAAUAACAACAAAAUCUAAAACAGUCUCUGUAUAUGCACGGAUAAUAGUUCGAUUUCUUCUGCCAUCAUGUUUGAACAACGUUUAUACCUUCCAGGUACUGAAUGUUUAAUAAUAAUAUGUGUAAAUAAUGUGAAAUGGGUGAGGUUCUAGAGUGGGUUUGUGAUUUGGGAGGGGAGAUCAACAAAAGAAUCCUUUUCAUAAUAUGGAAACAAUCACUUCUUGACUGCUUGUGCAUUGACAAUUGGUAGGGCCACUCUAAAGAUAUUGUUUAUGACAUUACUUAAGUAUAAGAAAGUUUUCAAAGCAUAUUGUCUUCAAGAGGAUGGCCUUACAAUAUUCCUAAAGUGAAAUGUUUGAGGCAAAAAUCAGGACAAUGAGCUUGGUAUGUUGACUAGCGGAGUUGGGGGAGAGGCACAAUUUCUCAACAGGCGUGGGAUGAGAAAGAGAAGCUGUGACAUCUGCACAGCCAGACUCUUGACUAGACAUAAGUUUCUCUGGGCGGCGACAUUCAAAGCCACAACAGGGUCUUUGUGCCUAGCACCAUGCCAAGUGGUUUCAUUGCUGUAACAUUCUGGGGUUGGCAGUACCAACAAUAGAUUUUUCACACUCUAAAUUUUCAAUUAUAAAAGUUGGGAAACAUCUAUUUCAUGAUGAAACUACAAUUAAAUUAGCACUUUGUUAUGAAAAACAAUUCCAUAUUUAUUUUCAUAAGACUUAAUUUUAUUACUGUCAUUUAGACAUUACUGGGAGGCUACUUGAGUUUUCUUUUAGAUUUCCUUCAUGUUUGCUAGGGUAGGUCUUCAAUAUUGAAUUCUAUGCAGGUUUCCUGGGUCAAGCAAACAGAAUAUUUUUAAAACCGUAUAUUUGCGGUUUUAAAAUGGGGGAUUUGGGUCCUUCUUGUUUUGGUUUGUUUAUUGAGCCAAUCACCCCAUGUCAUGUAGCUUACAAAAAUGUGGGAAUAUUUAUAGUCUCCCUAUGAUAUAACUUAAAAUUAGGUGUAAAGUUUGUCUCAUGAUGUAGGUUGCAAUAUAAAAUGUUUGUUUUGGAAAUUAAGAAAAUAUUCUAAAGGUUUUAGUGAUUCUUUAACUAUAGGGGAACCCAAAGGCAGCAUCUGUAUUCAUUAAAGAGAAAAAGUAUUCUCAAAUAUUUUCCGUAAUUAACAAAAUGAUGCCUGUUGCUUCUGUUUAGUUAAAUUGUCUAAUACAGUAUUUCAAAAUAUGGAAUAAAGAUCAAGUCCAUCACUAGGCAAUUGUUAUGUAAACCUACUUCAGAAGGAACCAGUAGUCAGCAAGAGAAAGCCAGUUACAUUUUGUACUUGUAAAAGAGGGUCAUGGUUCUCAUUUAUGCUUUGACUCCUGGCAUUCUAGGCUCUGGGAGGGUGACAUGUGUCUCUCUACCAUUAGCUAUCUAAAGGGUGAAAAGCAUUCUCAUUUGCAAUCUGAGACCUCAACAAACUGCCAUUUCAGGUGGAAAAAGAGAAAAAUAGUAUUUAUUUGAUAUAUUUUCUUUCCUUGAGACUAUCCUUCGCCAUUAUCCAUAACUCCCCUUCCUGCAUCCAAACCCCAUACUAUUGAUAACACCAUAGGCAAGCAUUUCAAAAAAUGAGAACAGGGGAUAUGGUCCAAUAUUGCCUCCAGAACACUUAAAAACAUAAGAAGUGAUUGUAAAAUGAAUUUUAGAGAAGGCUUUCUGUUAAUAAAAGAUGGAAACUACAUGAACUAGCUCUCCCAGGACGAGAGGAACGUGAAGAUGUUUUUAUAGUCUCUGCUGUGUAGGUAAUUGAGAUGAAAAACUGCAGGAAGAGUCAAACAGAGAACAUGGCCUUUCCCAGAGAAUGAGCUCCCUCGGGUACACAAUGAGCUAUUUCUUUUCCUGAGGAUAUUGAGCACUCUCAGGACUUAUCAGCAGGAAACAGGUCAGGAGCCCAGUGACAGCAGGAAGUUUGAGGAGGGCAAGAGGCAGCUUUUACGUGGGGAAUACAAAUAGAUUACAAACAUGGCACGAUGGUUGAGUGGUCGUCCUGUGACCAGCCUUAAUGUUUGGGAGUCAAGUGCCUUUUUUUUUUUAAAGAUACAAAAUAAUAUAAAACAAAAUAAAAAUGCCAUGUGACCUAAGAUAGGCAAAAUCCACUCUAUGAAUAGAUCUUUAGAGUCUAACGCCAAUGAUAUCAUUCUAUCAAUAUUAUUAUUUCAGUAUUUUAUUGUUGUGUUUAGUGUGCAGUACUGUGUAUCUGUUUUCAAUUGUAGAGGAAUUUUAUUAUUUUUCUCUUUUUAAAAAGUUCACUUAGUGAGAUGGAUUAAAAGCACCUAAUUCAUCAUUGGUAGGAUUAGGACAUUACACUGAUCCUCUUGUGGCUAAUUACUGGACAGGUAUCCUGGAUCACUGGCAACCUGCGGUGAGACCUCUCCCAACUGCUCUGUCUGUGUAAGUGCAGCAUGGCUGCCUGGGACAUUGUAGGCAAUUGUGUUAGCUGCACUGUGCACACAUCUCUGGCUGGUAAAUGCAGCACCCUAUAUACAGGGUGGAUAACAUCAGCUGCAGGAUGUUUGCGUUCGGUUCCCUUGUACUUUUUUUUUUUCUCGAAGAAUUGUCCAUGCUUCCCAUCCUCUCUCUAAACAUAGCUGGAUGACAAGCCUUUGAAGAAGCUCAGAGACAAACAGUCUUCGCCGUUAAAAAUCACCAUUGUUCCUCCGUUUUCCAGAUUGGUAUAUUUAGCUACCAGGUGCCAGCUGUGAAAACCAAACAGCCUACAACUUUUACAGUCUGUGGACUCUUUACUCUCCCAGGAUCAGCAGAAAGCUAAAGAAAUUUCUUCUCCUUUUUCUGAAAGAGAGAGAGAGAGAGAGAGAGAGAGAGAGAGAGAGAGAGAGAGAGAGAGAGAGAGCGCAUGUGUGUAUGUGUGUGCAUGUAUGUAUUGCUUCCACCUUUUAAACACCUCAUCAAGGUAAAUAAACAAAACCAAGACAAAGACAUGAUCAUCUCAUUGGACAAGACCAUAGCCACUGAGAAAUGACCUUCAAGUCAAAGGAAAUUUAGUUUCCUUAAAUAAUUUCUGCUGCUUCUUUGGUUAAUUAGGUAUCAUCAUCAUCAUCA